CCGGGCGGGCGGCGAGGAGCGGAGCGGAGCCGGGGGGAGCGGCGGCAGCGGCGUCCGGCCCCAGAGCGGCAGCGAUGCGGGUCAGGAUGCUCUCAGCCGCCUCCGUCCUCGUCCUGCUCUUCCUGCCCUCGGAGACCUGCUCCCCCCUGCAGCGGCCGUGGGGCCCGGCCCCCCAACCCACCUGGGAGCCAUGGCCCGGAUCCCCGCGCCCCACCGCGUCCCCGCUGCCCCAUAGACUGUGCCAGCGGCUGUGGGGCGAGCCCAGCGCGAAGCCCCGAGCCCCGCGGGCCCCGCAGCAGGGUGGCCGGAGGCGGGACAGCAAACCCAGCUCGCUGGACCUCACCUUCCACCUCCUGCGCCAGUUCCUGGCCAUGUCCCGAGAGGAGAGGCUGGCGCAGAAGGCGCUCAGCAACAAGCUCCUGCUGCAGAGCAUCGGGAAGUGAGCGGGGACCGGCCCCGAAGGAGCGGGGAAGGGGCUGGUACCGCUGGUGCCGCUGGUACCAC